AGCUGCCCGGCGGAGGCUGAGCGGUGAGGGCUCGGCCGGCGCGCCUCCGGGCUCGGGCUGCCUGCCUGGCCUCCGCCUCCCCGGAGCCUCGCCGGAGCCCGGGCGGGGGCUGUGAGGCAGAGCCCCGUCGCAGGACUCAGCGGGACGGGCGUGGUGUCGAUGCGGCGUCUGGACUCGCAGGGAGACGAGCGAAGUGAAAACGGGGACUCGUUUCCUUCAGGGAUGUCGUGUAAACUCGAAGUGGUUGUCCGCCUGGUAUCUCAUUUGCCUCCAGGCGUCAAUGUUUUGAAAGGGCUUUCUGUUUAAACAAGCUCUCAGUUUGAUUAUGCAAAAGAUGAGGUCUGUAUCUGUGGAUCUAAAUAUCGAUCCUUCCCUGCAAAUUGACAUUCCUGAUGCUCUCAGUGAAAAGGACAAAGUGAAGUUCACAGUCCAUACGAAGACGACGCUACCAGCUUUUCAGGGCACAGAAUUCUCUGUUACAAGACUACAUGAGGAUUUUGAGUGGCUGCAUGAAAUCCUUACUGAAACAGAGGAAUAUGCAGGACUGAUUAUACCCCCAGCCCCUGCAAAGCCUGACUUUGAUGGCCCUCGCGAGAAGAUGCAUAAACUUGGGGAAGGAGAACUGUCUAUGACGAAAGAGGAAUUUGCUAAAAUGAAGCAAGAGCUGGAAGCUGAAUACCUUGCAGUUUUCAAGAAAACGGUGUCAUCACAUGAAAUCUUCCUUCAGCGAAUUUCCUCCCACCCUGUUCUCCGCCAAGAUCAUAACUUCCAUGUCUUUCUUGAAUACGACCAUGAUCUGAGCGUUCGGAGAAAAAAUGCCAAGGAAAUGUUUGGUGGCUUCUUCAAAAGUGUCGUGAAGAGUGCUGAUGAAGUUUUGUUCUCUGGGGUUAAGGAGGUGGAUGAUUUCUUUGAGCAAGAGAAGAUUUUCCUUGUGGCCUACUACAACAGGAUCAAGGAUGCGUGUGCAAAGGCAGAUAAGAUGACAAGAUCACAUAAAAAUGUUGCAGAUGACUACAUCCACAUUUCAGCAUGUAUGAACAGCCUGGCUGUGGAAGAUCCAACCAUUAUUAAGAAGUACUUGCUGAAAAUUGCCGAGCUUUUUGAGAAACUCAGGAAAGUAGAGAAUCGUGUUUCUUCUGAUGAAGAUUUGAAGCUCUCAGAGUUACUAAGAUACUAUAUGCUCAAUAUAGAAGCAGCAAAAGAUCUCCUAUACAGACGUACACGGGCACUUGUGGACUAUGAGAAUUCAAACAAAGCUUUGGAUAAAGCUCGGUUGAAAGGCAAAGACGUCAGACUAGCUGAAACACACCAGCAAGAGUGCUGUCAAAGAUUUGAAAAACUGUCUGUCUCUGCCAAACAAGAACUGAACAAUUUUAAACAGAAGCGAGUAGCCGCGUUUCGUAAAAAUCUAAUUGAAAUGACUGAGCUGGAGAUCAAGCAUGCAAAGAACAAUGUUUCUGUCCUGCAAAGCUGCAUUGAUGUGUUAAAGAACUAAAGACAUCUUUAGUUACGUACGUGUGUCUGUGUGUAUGUACACACAUGGAGCAUUCAACAACAACACACAACCACCGUAUAAUCUUUGGCUUCCUUUUGUUGAAAUAUUUUGUUUGGCUAAAAAUUAAUGUCUGGAUUUUGGUGAUAUAAACACUAUAGUGCAUACAGGUCUGUCCAGCUAACUUUAAGUGCCCCUCGAGGCAAGGGGACUGUAUUGGUCCGAUGUCUGCUACUCUGCUGACAAGAGUUGAAACCUGGUUUCUGGAAAAGCUUUGCAGCUGCAAGGAAGGUGUAUAGAGUGAAAAUGCUCUUUGUUAUAGAUGUUAUAUCAGCAAAUUACUGAAGCAUUUUUAUAUGGAUAUACCUAAACAUUCCGUGUCAGAGAUUUCUAUUGCAAUAAUGUUUUGGAUUAAAUAUUUGUAUGCUCUUGAAGAAUACAAAAUAAAAUAAAAGUAUCUAAACAUUG